UUGGGGUUCUAGGUGCAAAACCAGUGCACAGUGGGAAUACUUCAAAGCCAUCUGCUUCCCCCAAUCAAACUAAUCCUGCAAUUGAUUACCAGGAAGUCCAACUUGAAUCCACUAAAGAAGCGAUGUGCGAGGUUAGAGAAGAAAAUGAAAGAUUAAAGGCCAUCUUAGCGCAAAUUUUAAGGGAUUAUCAGUCUCUUCAAACGCGCAUCUUUGAGAUCAUCAAGCGAGGACAAGCCAAACAAAAGCCAGCCGAGGCUGACCCCUCCUCCCUGUCACUUCAUAACAAUGAACACGAACUUGUAUCUCUCUGCCUUGGAUCUGGUCCAAGCUUCAUGAUAAAGCAAGAGGAGAAAACAAGCUGCAAUGGCAAAGAAACGAAAGGUGAAAAGGAUAAUCAGAUUAAAAGAGGUCUUGCACUUGGUAUGGAAUGCAAAAUGGACGAGGAAGAAAAUGAUGCUAAAAAUGAAGUUCAGCAGAGUAAUAGUCUGGAAAGCAGCUCAGAGGGAACGGAAAACAAAGAAGAGACAGCGGUUGGGGAUCAGAGAUGGCCUCCAAGCAAAGCAAUGAAGAAUUUAAAAUCUGAAGAAGAUGAAGCUUCACCACAAGUACAAGUAAAGAGAGCUAGGGUUUCUGUGAGGGCAAGAUGUGAUGCACAUACGAUGAAUGAUGGAUGCCAGUGGAGAAAAUAUGGGCAGAAGAUUUCUAAAGGAAAUCCCUGUCCACGAGCUUACUAUCGUUGCACUGUUGCACCUGGAUGCCCAGUCCGGAAGCAAGUGCAAAGAUGUGCUGAAGACAUGUCCAUUCUGAUCUCUACCUAUGAAGGAAAUCACAACCAUCCACUACCCAUCUCGGCAACCGCCAUGGCCUCCACCACCGCGGCCGCCGCCUCCAUGCUCAUUUCUGCUUCCUCAUCCUCCCUUCCAGUGACAUCCCCCCACCAAAUCACCACUGGCCUAAACUUUUCAUUUCCAGACAUCUCACACCAGAAUGCUCAGUUCUAUACAAGCAACCCUUCUAUCUCCCCCUCACUCUCUCAACCAACCAUCACCUUAGACCUCACCAACCCCCAUGGAUUCUCUUCCACCUCCCCAAGGAGCUUCUACUCGCAGGCCAGCUUUAGCUUUUCACCUUCAGAGUCGUCGUCCAGCUGGAAAAGUGGUGGUGGGUAUUUCAACCAUGGAGCUCAUCAACCAUAUUACAAGAGCUUGUACAGGCAGUCGCAGGAGUCAUUGUUCCAUUCAUAUGCACAUAAG